AUGCAGCAGCGGGUGCGCGAGACGAUCUUCGCGCACGUCUGGUCCGCCCUCGACUCCCUGCAGGAGCGCAAAGGCGUCGGCAAGGACCCUUCACGCGGGGGGGAGGGCAGGGUGGUGCUGAAAUAUACCCUCGAUCACGCCCUUCGGGAGCGGCAAAAAGAGCUGUCAAACGCCUCCUUCUCGCCCGAGGGCAGCCCGCGCGCGGGGAAGAACGGGGUCUCGCCCACCAAGACGGACAAAGGGUCCUCGCGGAAAAGCUUUCUCGAGAUGGAGGACGGGGGGCCGGUGGAGAUCCUCACGAGCCCGAACGAGGCCGGGGGCUAUCUCGACCCCGAACACCUCCACAACCUCGCCAAACGCAUCACACGGCGGGAGGUGUUGAGCCUGCGCGUGGUGCGGAGCGUGGUGAAGGCCGCCACGACACUCAUGACGGGGCUCCCGGUCGUUCGCCACAUAACCAUCCCUCAGCGAGGGGAUUUGGUCAUCGUCGGCGACCUUCACGGGCAGCUGGGGGAUUUGCUCUAUAUUUUAGACCUCAUGGGGCAGCCGGGGCCACGGCGGUAUUACUUAUUUAACGGGGAUUUCGUCGAUCGCGGGAAGUACGGGUGCGAGGUCGCGGUCUACAUCUUCGCGUUGCUGUGCACCUAUCCCCAGUACGUCUUUUUGAACCGCGGCAACCAUGAGGAUUAUCGCAUUAACUCCGAGUACGGCUUUCUUUCGGAGCUUUGUAUUAAGUAUAACCUGGAGGCCUCGGGCAUUCACGAUCUUUUUCUGGAAAGUUAUUGCGUGAUGUCGCUCUUGACGGUGGUGGACAACCGCGUCGCGAUCGUGCACGGGGGCGUGCCAAGGGAGCCGUGCACGCUGAUGGAGAUCGAGGCCAUCGGGCACGUUCGGGAUAUCCCCGUCGUGGAGCAAACCACGCGUAAUGAGCGCAUUUUGGUGGAUCUUUUGUGGAAUGACCCCGUGGAGAAGUAUCGCUCGCGGGCGCUCGGCCCGGAGCAUCAGGGAAAGUACUGGCGCAGCAGCAAGCGCGGGUGCGGGGUGGAAUACCUUUCCAACAUCACCGAACUCUUCCUCAAGCUCAACAACCUGGAGCUGGUGAUUCGCUCGCACGACGUGAAACUUUCCGGUUUCGAGAUCAUCCACAGCAACAAGUGUAUUACAAUUUUCAGCUCCUCGAACUAUGGCGGGGUCUCGGGAAAUCGUGGGGCGGUGGCGGUGAUCAAUAAGGAGGCCAAACAGCCCGUAUUCCACACGUGGUACUUACGCGAGGACACCGAGGCGAAGGCUUUUGAUACCGGACUUUCCGUCGACUCGUACUUGGGGACGCAAAAAGACAAUUCUAAAGAAUCCGCCCCGCCGAACGGCGAUGGCGAGGGUGGGGUGUCCGACCAGGAAGCCCCGAAGCCGUCUCUGAAGUUGCCGGAAUCACGCGGGCGGGACAUCCUUUUUUACACCGACGAGUUUAUUCGAGCGUUUUAUGGGGAAUGUCUGAAUUUCGUUCAAUCCUCAUCCGAUGAUGGGAACCCCGACCACAGCCCUCUCGAGGGCGGCGAUGGCGGGAAUGGCAUAACCGACAAGGCCACCUCGUUGGGGCCCAUAUCGCAAACCUCGUUAGUGGAGUCCGGCGACGAUCCCGCUUCUUGUAAUACCAUCGACAUUGGGAUUCAGCUUGAGAAUUCUUUGCAAUUACAACUUCGUGUGGUGAAUGAGCUUCGCGAUCUGGUCUUCUGCAAUCGCUAUGCCCUCCUGUCCGCCUUUUCCAGCGUGGAUGAGCAGCACCUGGGCUUUAUCUACAAGGUCGAGUGGUGCACCAUUAUGAAUGAUGUGCUCUGUUUGGAUCUCCCGUGGUAUUACCUCGCCCAGUUUCUCACCCCACGUCUGGAAGUCGACGGCGUGCCUUGCAUCGAGUACGCGCGCUUUCUUUACCACUUCGACGCCCUUUUUUCGGCGGAUUACCGGCCCUGUUGGCAGCGUUUUAUGAUUCGCCGCAUUUUCAGCACCCUGGACUUGCCGGACGACGUCGUUGCGGUUUUUCUUCACGACAGCAAAAACGACGUCUUUCCUCAAAAACAGGACUCGCGGGUCAGCUCCUGCACCGAUAGCCUGAACGAGAGUGUGCUGAUAGUAGAACCCGUUCUCACCUCCUCCUCGAGACAUUUCACGAAUACGGAAGGCAGUCCCCUUGUCCAACGUCCCCAAGGAUCCUUCAAAUCCAUCUUCGGCACCUCCCAUGAGCGGAAUUUAUCCUUUUCGGCCCCCAGUUCCGAGGUGUUGUCCUCCUCGGAGGGGUAUCGGCGCAGUCAGCUUCAGUUUCCCUUGUUUAAUCAAGCCCACGAGGCCUUUGUGAAUGCAAACUGGUGGCGCGAGAUUCUGAUCGACUUCAAAACCUUCGCGACGAAGCUACGCACCCUCUCCCCGGUUUCCGCGGCCCUUGAGGAUGACCACAUGGUGGGUUUGUUCACCUUUUUCGACUUAAACAGCACCGGCCAUGUCUUCCUCGGGACUUUGGUGGAUUACGUCCAGCGGGUCUUGCAGGAGUUUAGCGACGAAAGCGAAGAGGAGGUUGAGGAGCUCCACAGCGUGGAUGAGCUGGACUUCUCAUCGUUUACCAUGUACCAUGGGGACCGUUUGGAGGGGAACCCGCCGUCCACAUCGAUUUUAGACAUCAAGGGAUCGCCGACAAAUGAUUCGCCGCGGCCGGGUUCACAGUUUUUGACCUCCGCUGGUCCUAAAGGAUGGAACUUGCUAAAAAAGAACGUUAAUAAAUUGCCACGUCCCCCUUCUUCCUCGUCGUUCUCCUCUAUUUCCAGCAAGGGCAGUGAUGGCGAUCAUGCCGACGACGUCAGGCUCGACAGCCCCAAGAGCGAGACUCCCAACGACCUGAAGGCCACCCUCGACGCGAAGGAAAAUUCCGCCCUGGCGUCUCGCACCGCUUCCACAUUUAUGGAAAAAGACUCAGAGGUCGAUCAGGCGCCGAAUUCUCUCACCAAAUCAACAAUCAUCAACACGAAAAGAAGGUCAUUUAUGGUGUCGAUCUCAGCCAACCCAAGUAAUAGCUUUUCAGAAGAUAACGACGCGAUACCAAAGGACUUGUUGAACAGCACUUCUGCACACCAAAAGGACGAAGCCCCUAAGAUCGAAAACACAACACGGUGCCCUUCUCAGGAUCUAGAUUUUCUCGAGGCGGACCCCCAUAGGUCUUCGGACGUCACUUCCGACAGCAUUCCCGUGAACCAUAUUUCCAAAGACGGUGUGGACUCAUUCUCGGGGGUUGAGAAGGGGCAGAUCCGCUUGGAAAGUAGUUUUAACUCACAAGAUAACGUAAAGCAUAAGUACAAGCCUACUAAGAGUGUACUCAAAAGCUCCAACGUCGCCAACACGACGGACGAUCUCAAAGAUAUCAAAGAUUCGACGAAGAAUUCUGAGACCGGAAUUUUCCCCUGGGUCUACUCUUCAUUCAUGUCUGCACUUCACAUACUCUAUAGCCGAGGGAACAUGCCUUUACGCCUUGAGUUCGCGUUUAACGUUUUUAACAAAUCCGGGAAUGGCCGGAUGUCCGAGGCGGAGUUCCCGGAGAUGGUGGGCUUCCUCAACAGUGUGAUUUUGAGCCCUAUAUCCGAUGAAAGGAUUAAUAUUCUUUUUCACUGCAUCCGAAAAAGGGCCUUUUCUUAUCUGAAGGCCCUUCAACUUGAGCAUGCCGCGAUGGUGCGGCUUGGGAGGGUGUUUGCAUCGCAAUCAUCGGGGUUGUUUGAGCGACUUCGGAAUAGUCAAUUGGUGGAGAUUACUUCCGAUGCCAAGCGAAUGCGCGAGGAAGAGGAGGCGGGAGGGGCAUUUAUCCUAAAGGAGGAAUUUAUCGCCUUCUUUAGCAUUAUUGCUAUUCGUACGACGGGGCCGGUGGAUUCUAGUUUUGGGGUACCCAGAAAGGAAUGCGAUAGUAUUGUUUUAAAGGAGUUCGACAUCGUUGAGUCCGGGCGAGGCGGGAAGUCCUGUCCCAACCUCAACCACGGAAGCCCCCAGUCCAAGCGGGUGUUAUCAUCGGAUGCACUAAUAAACCUGAAGCAAUGCAGCCAUAUGAAUAAUCCCGAAAGUAGUCUCGGCGCGCUUGUCGAGAAUCCGCAGAAGGAAGCCUCAAUGUCAUUUCUUUGUCGACCCUCCGGGGGCUCCCGUCCGACGAGGAUUGUUGGGGUUUAUCAUCAAAGAGUUCAGAGCCGCAUCACGUCACCACAAGAUUUUUGCAUUUCCGACUGUCCCCAUUCCCAGGGUGGCAAAGACGCGACCGUUCUUGUGCAGGAGAUACUGGAUCAGCUUCAGACACGGUUUGGCGCGCACAGGACAAUUGAAGACGUCCGUUCGGCCCUCCAAGGCCGCAAAAACACGGAAGUUUUCGCCGAGAACGUUUUUAAUCUGCCUCAAAUGCCUAACCAACAUAGCUCCUCCGCCCUGUUGGCGUCGAAUUCUCGGGUGUUACCAAGUUCAACCCCAGAAAGUACGCUUUCCCACAUAAGUUCCACAAAGAUGCUUGGGUCACAGUUGUCGGCAGAUCGUGGCCCGCUCGCCUUGGUUAAGUCAACCAAUUCGUCGUUUGGGCGAAGAGUGAGUUCGGUCUCUUCCUUAUCGGUGAACUCGAGUAUCAAGGUAUCCCCUGUGAAGUCCAUUUAUGGAAUCUCUAAUUCACAGUGGAACCUGUUAGAUGAUAAAGUGGAUUCGAAGAGGGGUUCGUUAUACAUGUCGGAUAACAUUGUCACUUCUGGCAAUGAGUUGUUUCGCUCAAGGUCUCGACAAUCGUUCCCUUUGGAGGCAUCCAAGUCGCGGCGUACUUCUGAGCAUUCUGACGACAUCAAAGCUUCCAAGACAGCCCGCCACAAAGACGAUUCGUACAUGAUUCCCGUAAAACUAAUCGAUAAACCGACAAGUGAGUCCGCUAUGAAGUCCAUCCAGUCCGUAUUCUCGACGCAGUCCGUCCCAUCCGACCAGAAAAGUAUCGCUUCCCCCUUUUGCAGUAGUUUAUUACGGCUGCAUUCACGGAGUGGGGUAUGGCUGAGUUCACCUCCCGUAGACCCCCUUUCCGGGCGCCCGAUAAAGGAGGGCGGGUCGUUCUAUAAUUCCAAUGUGAACUUAUUGAACAUGGAGGGGGUCCCUCUCUCCUGCUCCAGCAGGCGCCCGUAUUUGUUGAAUUCCGUCACCGAGCACGUGGUGACGACCCCGCACGAGGCCUUUCUCGCGCCCGAUAUGGGGGCGAUCGCUGUUGGGUCGGAUAAGCUCUCGUCGAUGAAAUUUAGAAACAUGGAGAACCCCUUGAUGGGGGGGAUUGGCGCCACCCCGGAGAAGUCCAUAUCUUUCUUGAGGCAGAUGGGAGAGAAGGGGGGGGUGAAGUACGCCACCCAAACGGGUCAGUCCUACCCCGCGCAAGGGAACUAUCUCAACCACAAACAAUCUGGCUUCUCCCCCAAUUGGAAGAACUCGAACAAGAAGGAGACGAGUAUUGAGGUUAAAAAAACCGCCGCUGCGCAGGCAAUGAGCGCUCUCGAACAGCGCUUGGCUACAGGGUCGCCUGGUUGUGGGAAAAAUAUCAGCGCCCCGGCGCGAAAAGGUCUUCCUCAUAUGGACUUCCCUGAGCAUGUACUACCCUCACCGCCUACCUCUAUCAAGGUCCCAGCACCUCCCAUGAAUGGCGACGGGCCCAACGGGGCGGCCAAAGUGCGGAUAAAAAAGAUAAAUACGACCUGCGCAAACACAACGUCGCGGCAACAUGCUUCCCAGCAAUCCGUACGAUUGAAGGGAGCGAAAACCCUGAAGGACGUCGAGAUUAUUCCACCCCCACAAUUGCCGAUCUCGACCAUCUCCAGACGGAAGAGUUCCCAGAUCAGCGCCUUACCGAUACGAACCUCACGGUCCGACAUCCCAAUUGACGAACCCAAGGUGGUAUUACUAGCGAACUCCCCUCCUCUUACAGGGACGGCGAUACAACAGAUGAUGGGAAACCACAACCGCGGCCAUGAAUCAGAGAAGAGCAGUACGAGUGCCAGCGAGCUCACGCACUCACGGCGACGACCUAAUAGGGGGACAUUGUUGAGUACGUCUGCGGAGGGAAAUACUAAGGGCCUGGACCCGAGUUCGCCGCCUUUGACGAAAAAACCUAGGGAGAACAGUAAUGACGUUGAUCACAAGGAGAGCUCUGUCGCUUCUUCCAUACAGAGUCCGGAGUUUUCGAGGACCAAGUUGGGUUUUAUUAACAAACCCAAAAAUGUUUUAGAUCUUAGUAUAAGUACGGUGUAUCUCUCGCCCUAUUUAGAUGUGUCCGGGACGCAGCUGACGCUACCUCAUAUGUGUGAGCUGGACCUCGCCAUGGAGGCCCACCGCGAUAACGGAAGCCUUGAAAACCCUGGAAAGGUUUUGAGCGGGAGACUCAAGGAUAAAAAAUCCCACCUCCAGACGCCACACCACCCUUCGCCGAACCUGAAGCGGCCAAAGCAGAUCCCCACACCGAAGCGGAAGGCCCCGCGGUCCAAUUCCACUCGCGCGGGCGGACCCCUCCCCACCUCUUCGGGACCCGCUUUUCACCACCCGCGGCAACUUCUCGUCCUCCCGUCGGCGCGGUUUCACCCCCACGAGUCGCCCGCCCCCCCGGUGUUCCCCAUUUCCUCAGCCCUGCCGGAGGGCCUCCCCCCCUGCGCUUCGCGGGGGUCCGUGGUGAAGAUGACCUCGCAGGAGAACCUCAGCGGAAACCGUCCGGCCCGGCGCCAGGGGCGGAAACCUCCUAUGUGA